ACGCCGGCGUCAGCAGCGGGAAGUAAACAUGUUUAUAAACUCAUUGGGAAAUGGUUGUGUUGGCUGUAUGAAGGGUCGAUAUGUAAGACAGACGCUCUUGUUAGCUGAGUCGGCUGGUCGUGUAUCAUCCCAUGUCCUGCAUGUGUUAUAAGAUGUGGAAUAUUAUCCACUGGGCGCCAGUGUCAACGUCUGAUUUCAGGGCUCGAUUUGUGCUGGGUGGCUUAUGAAUUUCUUUUUUUAGUUUUAGUGGUUGAAGCAGCUCCAGCGUUUCGGGUUGCUGUCAAAAGCCGUAAAGUAAGCUUCUGGAGUGCCAGUCCGUGUCCGAGUGCCAUGGUACUGUCGCUGAUCAACUUGUGCGCCCGUUCCGUGGUCAGCGAUCACGGCUCGUCACCCUGCUGGCUCGCCUGCGUCCCUAGGGAGCUGUACAGGGCGCUCCUGGAGGCCGCCUUCGUGCACUGCCGACCGCUGGCCAUUGGCGAGCUGGUGCAGCGCUGGCCCGAGAGGUGCCUUCGUGUAGGCGGGCGCAGGAGAGCCGGACACACGCCGCCAAACCGUCUUUGUGUCCAAGCGCUGCUGCUGGCGGUGGUCAGGGGGCUGGGGGACAAGCGGUGUGCUCUUCAGGUGCUGGAUCUCUGCGGGCUUCAGUGUGAAGACGGAGGCCUGGUGGACUCCAUGGGUGGCUGGUCUCUCACUGUAGCGCUCUGCUCCAUGGUGCUUCAGGCAAGGAUCGCGGCCAGGGGCCAAGUCAAGAAGGUGCAGCAGAGAAAGCGGCUCCAGGAGACAGAAGGGCAGGGGGCGAGAACAGAGAAUGGUGUGCAGAAAAGUAGCCAAGAUAGGGGGGGUCAGCCACCUGUGGAGCGCCAGGCAGAGGUGAGGGGGGUGAGGAGGAUCAUGGAAAUGACACGGGAUAGGGUAAAGGAGUCCCGGGAGACGGAGCAGCAGCAGGAGACUGAGAUUGUGGUGCAGGUGCGAGCUGACCUGUUCGUAAACGCGCGUUCCUGGGAGCGCGUCCACACGGCGCUGGCUACUAAGGGGCCCCUGCAGCUACACUGCCAGCACCUCCGCGUGGAGGAGCUCCCCGCCGCUACCAUCGUAGCCCUGCUGUCUCUGCUCCCUCCCCACAGCUUGCAAGGUCUGGAUAUCCACUACAGCAGCCUAGGCGUGUCUGGCCUGGCCCUCCUGCUGCCAACACUGGCCCGCUUCCCUUACCUGAGUUCCCUCCGACUGCACUACUGCAACCUGGAUGUGCGCAGGGAUGCACCCGGCCAAGAGAAGGCACUGAGAGACAUGGCGGCAGGCUUGGGGGCGCUGGUGAAGCUGAGGCAGAUCAGCCUCACGGCUCUCCGAUUGUCAGGACACCUGCGAUUGCUGCUCAGCUCUCUCUCGCAGCCUUUGGAGGUGUUGGAACUCCCCUACCUGAGUCUGAUUCCGGCUGACCUCUCCUACCUGUCCUGUAGCAUCCAUGCCACCUCCUUGCGACGACUGGACCUGAGUGAGAACAGGCUGGAGGAGGCCACUUUGCCCUCACUGUGCCGCCUGUUGUCUCAAGCCUCUGGUUCGCUGACACACUUGUCUCUAUGUGGCUGCGGUCUAUCAGACAGCCUGUUGGGGGCGCUGUUUCCUCCGCUGCGCUGCUGCCGGACCCUGUGCAUCUUAGGGCUUGCCCUUAACCCGCUCUCACGGACCGGGGUACUGGCUGUGGUACGGGUGGCCGCCUCCAUCUCCUCUCUCCGGCUGCUGCUCCAUCCAAAUGCGCUGGAGGAGUACAAGCCUGGUCUGCCGCCUUUACCCUCCAGCGCUCAGCUGCUGGAUUGGCCCCUUGAAGAGGACUUGGAUUGGCGGGAGGCCUUCCAGGCUGAGCUGGAGAUGGUGCUGGUCGAGAGCGAACGAUCGAACCUGCUUCUCACCUCGGACCUUCUAAACUACAACAGUCUCCUGGAAGAAGAGGCCUAGGCCCCGAUACCGCCGUAGGCCGGAGUAACAAACUAGGAAAAGCUGCUCUUUGUCCACAGUUGCUCUAGAUCUUACUACAGAACCUAUUUCCUGGGACAAUUUUGCCCAGAACUGUUAUGUAGCAUUUGAAUUAACAUUGGGAAUAAAUAAAUACCAAUAAGCAUGAAUUA